AUGUGGAAGAAUGUGGCCGUUUUAGCUAAAGAAGAUAUUGAUACAGCUGUUCAGUCAAUAUUAUAUAAAGAACAUUAUAUAAUUAAGGAACUAAAUAAGUAUUUACAGCAUCAUGACUUCGUAAAUGUGAGAAAAAAAGAAAUGCUACAUAAAAGAUGGAUUGACCACGUGGCAGAUCCUCUGCAGAAGAAAAUUUUAGAAAAUGUCCAUUCAUAUGAGACGAUUAGAAAAAGGAGAGAAGAGGAAAUAGAGAACUUUUUAAAAUACGUAAAUAAAAAGGGAAUUGCAUCUUUAGACCAGUUUGAUCCAAAAGAGUAUGAUCCUUUUCACGCGAGCAGAAAGGACCCUAAUUUUCUGAAGGUUUUUGUCCCACCAUUCUGUGACCCUUUGAAAAAGGCACAAUCUAACAAGGAUGAAGAAAGGAGAACACUUCUUCAGUGUGAGACUGGCAAAAUAUAUACAAUGAAAGAAUUCAAAGAGGUGGAGAAUGCCAUCCUGUAUUCCAGGUUCCCAAGAAUUUCUAACUCCAGGCAAUUUCUGACUCCAGAUGAUUGGCUUAAACUGUCAGCAAGUUACAUAGAAAGUGAAUUUUCUAAAAGGAGAAGGUUAAAGGUGAAAGUGAAUGCUAUCGAUAAUUCUGAUCAGAAAUCCUCAGCAAGAGUAUUUCAUCUUCCGAAACUUCAAGAAGCAGCAAGCCCAGCUAUUUACAAAAAUGAAAAGGCAUUCUUUCUAGAAAAGCAGCCUCUGUGUUAUCAAGAGGGAUGGAAUCUGAGCCAUAGAGAGUGUGACUCUGAAGGUCUCUUAUCUCCCAUGAACACCACCCAGGAGGCAUUGAGCAUCACCAGUAAGAUCUCCAGGGACACCAUUGAAAUCCUGAGUGAUGUGCAGCUGAUUAAGACUGGAGCCAGUGAGGCCCUGCUGAACAUGUUGGAUAUCUCCCCCUUCUCCUUAGGGCUGAUCAUCCAGCAGGUGUUUGACAACGGCAGCAUCUAUAAUCCUGAAGUGCUUGACAUCACAGAGGAGACCUGCAUACCCGCUUCUUGGAGGGUGUCUGCAAUGUUGCUAGUGUAUGUCAAGGCCUUCCUGGCUGAUCCAUUUGCAUUUGUGACUGCUGGCCCUGUAGCUGCCGCUACUGUUGCUGCUCCUGCCGCUGCGGCCUCAGCCAAGGUGGAAGCAAAGGGAGAGUUGGAGGAGUCGGGUGAAGAUAUGGGAUUUGGUCUCUGCGACUAA